UCCGGGUGCCAGGGCUCGGGGUGCGGGCGCUGCGGGGCCCGACGCAUACCGGCCGCCUCGGCAGCCUGGGCCCUCGGCGCUGGGAAGGGCACUUUGGCCGGGGUGCUACCCGUUUCGCCCGAUGCUAGCUUUGAAAGUGAGGCUCCCAUCUCGGCCCUUCACUUCGAUUUCACCUCUCACGGCGGCUUGAGGGUCGUCAUUUCCACGGCAGAGGGUCCCGACGGGCCCUUCAGCGAGGAUCCGGUCUCGGCCCACACUGCCACCCUCGGACUAAGCCACUUUUUCUCUCCGAGCCUCACUUUCCCUGUCUGCACAGUGGGCCUCAGGAGGCGGCCAGUCAGAGGGUUAACUCCUGUGGGACGCUCUGGUUUCGCAGUCAACAUGGGGGACUCCAGCGUGGAUGCCGGUGCCACGGCGGCUGAGACAGUGACGGAAGAGGUGUCCCUCUUCAGCACAAUGGACAUGAUCCUGUUUUCUCUCAUUGUGGGUCUCCUGACCUACUGGUUCUUCUUCAGGAAGAAAAAAGAAGAAAUCCCUGAGUUCACCAAAAUUCAGCCCAUGACCUCCUCUGUCAAAGACAGCAGCUUCGUGGAAAAGAUGAAGAAGACGGGCAGGAACAUCAUCGUGUUCUACGGCUCCCAGACGGGGACCGCCGAGGAGUUUGCCAACCGCUUGUCCAAGGACGCCCACCGCUACGGGAUGCGGGGCAUGGCUGCGGACCCCGAGGAGUACGACUUGGCCGACCUCAGCAGCCUUCCGGAGAUCGAGAAUGCCCUGGCAGUGUUCUGCAUGGCCACCUACGGUGAGGGGGACCCCACUGACAAUGCCCAGGACUUCUACGACUGGCUCCAGGAGACAGACGUGGACCUCUCUGGAGUCAAGUAUGCGGUGUUUGGCCUUGGGAACAAGACCUACGAGCACUUCAAUGCCAUGGGCAAGUAUGUGGACAAGCGGCUGGAGCAGCUUGGAGCGCAGCGGAUCUAUGAGCUGGGGCUGGGUGACGACGAUGGGAACUUGGAAGAGGAUUUCAUCACAUGGCGAGAGCAGUUCUGGCCGGCCGUGUGCGAGCACUUUGGGGUGGAAGCUACUGGAGAGGAGUCCAGCAUUCGCCAGUAUGAGCUUGUAGUCCACCCAGACAUAGAAGCAGCCAAGGUGUAUGUGGGUGAGAUGGGCCGUCUGAAGAGCUAUGAGAACCAGAAACCCCCCUUUGAUGCCAAGAACCCAUUCUUGGCUGUCGUCACCACCAAUCGGAAGCUGAACCAGGGAACUGAGCGACACCUCAUGCACCUGGAAUUAGACAUCUCAGAUUCCAAAAUCAGGUAUGAAUCUGGGGACCAUGUGGCCGUUUACCCGGCCAACGACUCUGCCUUGGUCAACCAGCUUGGUGAGAUCCUAGGUGCCGACCUAGACGUCGUUAUGUCCCUCAACAAUCUCGACGAGGAAUCUAACAAGAAGCACCCGUUCCCCUGCCCCACCUCCUACCGCACGGCCCUUACCUACUACCUGGAUAUCACCAACCCGCCACGCACCAAUGUGCUCUACGAGCUGGCCCAGUACGCCUCGGAGCCCUCGGAGCAGGAGCAGCUGCGCAAGAUGGCCUCCUCCUCGGGCGAGGGCAAGGAGCUGUACCUGAGCUGGGUGGUGGAGGCCCGGAGGCACAUCCUGGCCAUCCUGCAGGAUUCCCCGUCCCUGCGGCCCCCCAUCGACCACCUGUGUGAGCUGCUGCCUCGUCUCCAGGCCCGCUACUACUCCAUCGCCUCGUCCUCCAAGGUCCACCCCAACUCCGUGCACAUCUGUGCCGUGGCCGUGGAGUAUGAAACCAAGUCUGGCCGCAUCAACAAGGGCGUGGCCACCAGCUGGUUGCGGGCCAAGGAGCCAGCCGGGGAGAACGGCCGCCGGGCCCUGGUGCCCAUGUUCGUGCGCAAGUCCCAGUUCCGCCUGCCCUUCAAGUCCACCACGCCUGUCAUCAUGGUGGGCCCCGGCACUGGGAUCGCCCCCUUCAUGGGCUUCAUCCAAGAGCGGGCCUGGCUGCAGCAGCAGGGCAAGGAGAUGGGGGAGACGCUGCUGUACUACGGCUGCCGCCGCUCUGACGAGGACUACCUGUACCGUGAGGAGCUGGCCAAGUUCCACAAGGAUGGCGCCCUCACCCAGCUCAACGUGGCCUUCUCCCGGGAGCAGCCCCAGAAGGUCUAUGUGCAGCACUUACUGAAGCGGGACAAGGAGCAUCUGUGGAAGCUGAUCCAUGACGGGGGUGCCCACAUCUACGUCUGCGGGGAUGCUCGGAACAUGGCGAGGGACGUGCAAAACACCUUCUAUGACAUUGUGGCCGAGCAGGGGGCCAUGGAGCACGCCCAGGCCGUGGACUAUGUCAAGAAGCUGAUGACCAAGGGCCGCUACUCCCUGGACGUUUGGAGUUAGGGGUUGCCUGGCUCCGCCCUGCCCCUCACACCCUACAGACUUGCUUCCCCGUGUAAUCACUUUCCUUACUCCCUUCUGCCAGUCUCUGCCCCGGGAGGCAGGCCCAGUGACAGAGACUGCUCCAGGCCCGAGAUGUGCCCUCCGGACCUGCCAGCCCCAGGCUGCGUGGCCAAGGGUGCCUGGGCUGGUUCUUUGGGAACACCUCAGACCUCUGGGGGCCAAAAAGAAGGGGCUCCUCCUCUCAGCUGAGUGGGGCCUCGCCCCUCCACAUGAUUUUCAAUGAGUGUAAAUAAUUUUAAAUAACUUCUGGCCCUUGGAAUAAAGUUCUGUUUUCUGUA